GAACGUUAAACAUCUGUUUGUAUUUUAUCGUCAAGAAACAUUGCAACUUAUAUCUCGCACAAUUCUUGACUGCGAAUAACUUAUUCUGGCUUUGAGUUCAUUGCUUCAUUCUUCGAAUCCCACAUUUGGUAUUUCUUGUUUGUCAAGACCUCACCUGCGACCACGAUUUAUCUUGAACUUGGUUCUACAAUAACGUCAAACAACUUUCAAAAUGGGUGGCGAUCUCAACUUGAAGAAAUCAUGGCAUCCCCAUUUGAUGAAGAAUCAAACGCGAGUAUGGGAGGAAGAAAAGAAAGCCCUCGAAGAAAGACGACGUACGGAACAGAGGAUCAAGGAGCUUAAAGAAGAACGAGCGAAGGAAGAGAUCCAAAAUAAACUCGAAGCCGCCGGAUCCAGAAAACGAGUUGAUCGUGUCGAUUGGAUGUAUCAAGGUCCAUCCAGUGGUCAAGCUGGAACCACUGAGGAGAUGGAAGGUUAUCUUCUUGGAAAGAGGCGCAUUGAUGGGUUGAUAAAAGGCACAGAGCACAAAAAUCUCGAGAAACAAGCUUCCGAGGCUAGUUUCAUGGCUUUACAAAAUGCGAAUACUCUACGAGACACAGCAGCGAAGGUUCGUGAAGAUCCUAUGCUUGCUAUCAAAAGACAGGAGCAGGCUGCAUAUGAGGCUAUGAUGAAUGAUCCGAUCAAACGACGCAAACUACUUGAAUUGGCUGGGCAGGAUUCCAAGGAAGUUAAGCCGAAGAAGGAAAGAAAGCAUCGCCACCAUCAUCGGCAUCAUGAUGACGACGAUGAAGAGCGAAGACGAAAGCGCAGGAGAGAGGAAAAUAGGGAUAGCCGGGGAGAAGAUCGCAGUAGCAAGCGUCGCAGAAGUGGUGAUAAUCACGAUGAAGAUAGAGAUCGCAGAAGUCGCAAACACGAAUAUCGACGACGUUCAGAUUCAUAUUCAAGAUCCCGUUCCCCUAUCGAAAGGCGAGAAAGGCGAGAUAGUUUUGGCAGAUCACGAAAACCAAGAUCAGUAUCACCGGAUAAUAGAGAAAGAGGACGGCCAGUAAGAGAAAGAGACUACGAUCGCCGAAGACCUGUGUCGCCAAACAGACCAGGCAGGGAUCAAGACAAAAGAGAGAGAAGGAGAAAUAGUUCAUCUCCAGAUUCCCGAUCCCCCACUCCAGAACGACGAAGGUCUCCGGAUCGGAGAAAAUCCUACCCGGCAGAUAGAGAGGAUAGAAGGAAUGGUUACGACCGAAGGGAUAACGGGAACAGAUACGAUAAUCAACGCAAUGGGAAUGGGUAUGGCAGACGCGAUGAUAGAAGACCUCCAGCUGGACAUCAACAGGCAAAUGGUCCUUCGGAAGAAGAAAAGGAAGCUGAGCGACAAAAGAAAUUGGCCGCGAUGCAACAAGAUGCAUCAAGCCUGGAAACUGAUCGGGAGAAGCGACUCAGGGCAUUGGAGGAACAGGAGAAGGCCGCCCAUGAAGCCGAGGAUAGAGCGCGGACGAAAUCAUCAAAGUACUCGGAUAAAGGCGAUUUCAUCAAUGGUCUCAAUCGAACGGCUGGAAAUAUGAAUCUCGGCGAUCGAAUUGGGCGUCGUGCAGGACAAGGAUUUAUCAAGGAAGAGGAGUGAAUUUGUUUUUUUGUUUAUGUGGAAGAUGAUGGAGGUGUGUUGUUAUUGCACGGAUACCCUUAAGUAUGGCAGAUUGCAUGGGGAUUUCAUUGCCAUGGGAAGAUGAUGACUCGUUGUGGUUGUUGUGCUUUUAUCAUUGCGCAAGAUUGCAGAUUAGAAAAGCAAUUGUAAUAGUUAUACAGCUUUCAAUUUGGAAAGUUGAAUGCUCUCCA